AUGGCAGUGCUGACAACUGAGAAUGGGGAAAGUCAGUACCAGAAUGGAGUGAAGCAGUUGUACGAGAGUGGAAUAAGCAAAGUUCCAAGCAAGUAUGUAUUGCCCAUUUUGGAUCGACCCAAUACAAGUGACCAGAAACCAAAUGUAUCCAACCAAAAUCUCAAGCUCCCCGUCAUUGAUUUCAAGGAAUUGCAGGGUCCAAAUAAAGCCCAAGUCCUCAAGUCCCUGGCUAAUGCUUGUGAGCAAUAUGGCUUCUUUCAGUUGGUAAACCAUAGCAUUCCAAGUGAUGUUAUAAGCAGCAUGAUCGACGUGAGCACAAGGUUCUUCGAGCUCCCUUUUGAGGAGAGGGCCAAGUACAUGUCCUCGGAUAUGCAUGCUCCUGUUCGAUAUGGAACUAGCUUUAACCAGAACAAGGAUAAGGUGUUUUGCUGGAGAGACUUCUUGAAGCUAAUGUGCCAUCCUUUACCAGAUGUCCUUCCUCAUUGGCCUUCUUCACCGGUGGAUAUGAGGAAAUUGGCGGCUACCUACGCACAAGAAACCAAAUACUUAUUCCUAAUGCUAAUGGAAGCCAUCUUUGAGAGCUUGCGACUUGUGGGAACCACAGAGAACAACACGACAGAAGAAGAUGAGAUGUUAAAAGAAUUCCAAGAUGGGAGCCAGCUAAUGGUUGUCAAUUGCUACCCGCCAUGCCCCCAACCGGAUCUAACCCUAGGGAUGCCUCCCCACUCUGAUUAUGGCUUCCUCACACUUCUUCUCCAAGAUGAAGUUGAAGGACUUCAAAUCCAAAAACAAGAUCAAUGGGUCACCGUUGAACCAAUCCCCAAUUCUUUUGUGGUCAACGUUGGUGAUCACCUUGAGAUAUUUAGCAAUGGAAAAUACAAGAGUGUUCUACAUAGAGUCUUGGUGAAUUCUACAAAAAGUCGGAUUUCAGUGGCCUCUUUGCAUACGCUACCUUUCAUGCGAUCAGUUGGACCGUCGCCGAAACUUGUCAAUGAAUCAAAUCCAAGGCUUUACAAGGACACUGAUUUUGCCAGCUUCUUAGAGUAUAUUUCAUCUCGUGAGCCUGAGAGGAAGAAUUUCCUUGAGUCUAGGAAAUUAUUUACUUAA